GCUGCGACGUUCUCCUGAUCUCCUGGACUGGCCGGCUGCUUACCUGCGCCUCCAUCUUGGCAUCCACCACAGCUACCAUGGAGAACAUUGAAAUAUUUGACUCACCUGGAAAGGGGAGGGGUCUGAGGGCCACCAAGGAGAUGUGGGCCGGAGAUGUCAUCUUUGCUGAGCCGAGUCUUGCAGCCGUUGUAUUUGACAGUCUAGCAGAGAAAAUUUGCCACAGUUGUUUCCGCAGACAGCCAAAGCUCCAGCGGUGCGGCCAGUGCAAAUUCGCACAUUACUGUGACCGUACCUGCCAGCGUGCCGGCUGGGCUGAACACAGGGAAGAAUGCAGCGCCAUAAAAGCUUUUGGCAAAGCACCCAAUGAGAGUAUCCGGUUGGUGGCCCGUGUCAUGUGGCGCCUUGACAAAGAGGGAAGCGUCGUGUCUGACAUGCAGCUGACCACACUGGAGGAGCUGGAGGACCACGUGACCGACAUGCCUGAGGACGAGCUGAAGGAGCUCAAAGUAGACAUCCACAACUUCUUGGACUACUGGCCCCGGACAAACAAGCAGCACACAGUCGAUGACAUCUCACACCUUUUUGGAGUGGUCAAUUGUAAUGGCUUCACUAUAAGUGACCAGAGGGGCCUUCAGGCAGUCGGAGUGGGUAUUUUCCCUAACCUGUGUCUGGUGAACCACGACUGCUGGCCAAACUGCACCGUCAUCCUCAACCACGGCAAUCAAUCGGCUGUGAAUUCUAUGUUUCACUCUCAGCGGAGGAUUGAGCUGCGUGCCUUGGGUAAGAUUUCCGAGGGAGAGGAGCUCACGGUAGCCUACGUGGACUUUUUGAAUUUGACAGAGGAGAGACAGAGGCAGCUGAAAACGCAAUACUUCUUUGACUGCACGUGUGAGCACUGCAAAAACCACAUCAAAGACGACCUGAAGCUGGCGGGAAGAGAAAUAGAUGGAGUCAAGCCAUCAGAAGAGCAGGUGAAAGAGGCAACAGAUCAUUGCUAUAAAAUGCUUGAGAAGAUGGACAAAGCUCGCUUAAACGGUGACUACCAUGAGGUAGUAACCACAUGCAGGGAAUGCAUAGAGAAGACAGAGCCAAUUUUGGCUGACACUCACAUCUACCUGCUGAGGAUGUGGAGCACAUUAAGUGAAGUGCAGGCUUACCUGCAGUUCUUUGAAGAUGCUGCAGAAUAUGCCCGCAAAAUGGUGGAUGGAUACAUGAAACUGUACCACCCUAACAACGCAGCUCUGGGCAUGGCUGCCAUGCGGGCAGGAGUGACCCAUUGGCAAAACGGGCUCAUAGAGGUUGGCCAUGGGAUGAUCUGCAAGGCCUAUGCUAUUCUUAUGGUGACCCAUGGCCCUACACAUCCCAUCACCAAGGACCUGGAGGAAAUGCGCAUGCAGACAGAGAUGGAGUUGAGGAUGUUCAAGCAGAACGAGUACGUUUACCACAGUAUGAGAGAGGCAGCUCUCAAGAACAGACCAAUGACCAUGAUGAACGAACCCAAGAGCGUGGAGGAGGGAAUCAAGAAUCUCUUCCACCGCAAGAAAUGA